UUGUAUUUGAUUGCCUAAUAAUUUCAUUGUCCUGAUGUGUAUAUAUAUAUAUAUAUAGUUCAUAUGUCAGUAGUCCCCUAGGGAAGGAGAGCGACAGGCAGCUAGCUAAGAAGAAUCCAUGAAAGACACAGAGAUGAAGAUAAACAUGGAGGAGAAGUUACUGUCAGAAAAGAGAGAAGGAGAAAGAGAAGGUUUAGCUCUAAUAUCAUGGGAUAUAUUCAUUGAAGAAGGGAAACGACUAGGUUGUAUAGCAGGGCCAAUGGUGGCUGUAACUCUAUCUUCGUACUUGAUAAACGUUAUAUCAAUGAUGAUGGUGGGUCAUCUUGGAGAACUAGCUCUCUCCAGCUCUGCCAUAGCCAUCUCUCUUUCUGCUGUUACUGGCUUCAGUGUUCUUAGUGGAAUGUCAAGUGCACUGGAAACUCUAUGCGGGCAAGCUUACGGAGCAGAGCAGUAUCGAAAACUUGGAAACCAGACCUACAGUGGUAUCUUCUCCCUGAUCUUAGUAGCUAUUACUUUGUCUAUCGUGUGGAUCAACAUGGAAAAGCUGCUUAUACUAAUCGGCCAAGAUCCUGUAAUUGCUCAUGAAGCUGGUAAAUUUACAAGGUUGCUUGUUCCUGCACUUUUUGCUUACGCAAUUUCCCAGCCACUUACUAGAUACUACCAAACACAGAGCUUAACCAAACCUAUGCUCAUAAGCACUUCUGUCACCCUUUCUUUACACAUACCGUUAUGCUGGGUAUUAGUAUUCAAGUCAGGACUAAGAAAUCUUGGCGGAGCAUUGGCGAUAAGUAUUUCGAAUUGGUUGAAUGCUGUUUUUCUUUUGUUAUACAUGAAAUACUCUUCCGUUUGUGCAAAAACUCGCGUUCCAAUUUCUAUGGAGCUGUUCCAAGGAGUUGGGGAGUUCUUCCGAUUCGCUAUCCCUUCUGUUGUAAUGAUUUGCCUGCAAUGGUGGUCGUAUGAGUUCGUAAUCUUGCUGUCAGGGCUGUUACCUAACCCACAACUCGAAACUUCUGUCCUAUCUGUAUGUCUUACAACGAUUGCAACUCUCUAUGCAAUUCCUUAUGGACUAAGUGCUGCAGUAAGCACUAGAGUAUCAAAUGAAUUAGGAGCAGGGAAUCCGCGAGUGGCGAAAAAUGCAGUGUACUCAGUAAUGUUCAUUACAGUUGCAGAGCUGAUUCUGGUGAGUGGAACCCUCUUCACCACCCGACAUGUAUUCGGCUACACUUUCAGCAACGAGAAAGAAGUGGUAGACUCUGUAUCCACCAUGGCUCCAUUGGUUUGUUUGUCUGUAAUAGUAGACGGCUUACAGGGAGUCCUUUCAGGUGUUGCAAGGGGCUGUGGGUGGCAGCAUAUAGGAGCUUAUGUGAAUCUAGGAGCACUGUAUCUUUGUGGAGUUCCAGCCGCUGCCAUUUUAGGAUUUUGGUUACAGCUUAAGGGAAGGGGACUUUGGAUCGGAAUAUGCAUUGGUGCCAUUUUGCAAACGGUGCUACUCUAUGUAGUAACAUGUCAUACCAAUUGGAAAGAACAGGCUAAUAAGGCAAGAAAGAGGAUAUUUGAAGGGAGAUCUUCAGUGGAAAAUCUAUUAAUGUGACUGAGGGAUCAAUUAUUUAAUGACAUAAUUCUUUAUGUUGUAGUUGUAAGAGAAGAAACAUUGUUUGGGACAACAAAUAAUAUUAUUAUUUGGUUAAGGCAAUAAUUAAGUAUUUUUUAUUU